AUAUGCCGAGGAGUUUAAAGGCAUCGGUAUCGCUGCGAAGCGUCGAAUUUGAUUUUAUAUGCUCGAACCACGCGCAUGACACGCAUCGCAACCGGAGCACGGCUGGCGAACCGGGCGGAGACGGUGCAGCGAUCGGGUCGUCGGAUCCGCUUCAACUGACCCGUCGGAGCGAGAGAAGAGAAAGAGAUGUGGGUGUUUUACCUGAUCUCGUUGCCCUUGACGGUGGGCAUGGUGAUUUUGACGCUGAGGUACUUCGCGGGUCCAGAAGUCCCUCGCUAUGUGAUGCUCACAGUCGGAUACACUUGGUUCUGUUCUCUCUCCAUUAUCAUCCUCGUUCCAGCUGAUAUUUGGACGACAAUAAAUGAUAUCUAUAGUGGAGGAAUCUCUUUCUUUUGGAGCUGGUCAUAUUGGAGUACUUUUUUACUGACUUGGGCUGUGGUGCCCCUUAUUCAGGGUUUUGAAGAUGCUGGAGACUUCACUGUGACAGAAAGAUUGAAGACUAGUGUGCAUGUAAAUUUAGUCUUUUAUCUAAUACUAGGAGCAAUUGGCCUUUUCGGACUUAUUCUCCUUAUCAUGAUGCACAAAAACUGGGGUGGAAGUGUUCUAGGAUUUGCCAUGGGAUGCUCAAAUACAUUUGGGCUUGUCACAGGCGCAUUUCUUCUUGGCUUUGGUUUGAGUGAAAUUCCUAAGAGCAUUUGGAAAAAUGCAGAUUGGACCAUCCGCCAAAAAGUUCUUUCUCAUAAAAUUGCUAAAAUGGCUGUAAAACUUGAUGAUGCUCAUCAAGAACUUUCAAAUGCUAUAGUGGUCGCUCAAGCAACAUCAAAUCAGAUGUCCAAGCGUGACCCUUUGAGACGUUACAUGGAUGUCAUUGACAAUAUGUUAACUCAAAUGUUCAGGGAAGACCCAUCGUUCAAACCUCAAGGUGGACGAUUAGGGGAAAAUGAUAUGGAUUAUGAUACUGAUGAGAAGUCGAUGGCAACGCUCAGGCGUCAUCUUCGGGGAGCACGGGAAGAAUAUUACAGAUAUAAAAGUGAGUAUUUGACCUAUGUUAAGGAGGCCCUUGAACUGGAAGAUACGAUAAAAAACUAUGAACGGCGUAGUUCAACUGGAUGGAAAUAUAUUUCAAGCUUCAGACCUACUAGAACUGGCAAGCUAGGGUCUCUUAUUGAUACUUUGGAAUUUCUUUGGCGGUGCAUAUUAAGAAAACAAGUUCAGAAAGUUUUGGCUAUCAUCCUUGCUAUUUUGUCUGUUGCUAUUCUUUUAGCUGAGGCAACCCUUCUUCCAAAAUUCGAUUUAUCUCUUUUCUCAAUCCUCAUAAAUUUGGUUAACCGGCAGGAGGUUCUCGUACAGAUUUUUGCUUUUGUACCUCUGAUGUAUAUGUGCAUCUGCACAUACUAUUCCUUGUUCAAAGUUGGGAUGUUGAUGUUUUACUCACUCACGCCAAGGCAAACUAGCUCAGUAAACUUGCUUAUGAUAUGCUCGAUGGUUGCUCGGUAUGCUCCUCCAAUUUCAUACAACUUUCUCAAUCUCGUUCCUCUUGGACCUCGUGAUCAAAGAAAAAUAACUAUAUUUGAAAAGCGAAUGGGAAAUAUUGACCAAGCUGUCCCCUUCUUUGGGAGUGAGUUUAACAGAAUAUAUCCGCUUAUUAUGGUUGUGUACACCUUGUUAGUUGCCAGCAAUUUCUUUGACCGUGUAAUUGAUUUUUUUGGGAGCUGGAAGAGAUUUAGACUUCAAACUGAGGCAGGUGAUAUGGAUGGUUUUGAUCCAUCGGGAUUAAUUAUCUUACAGAAAGAAAGAUCUUGGCUUGAACAAGGCCUUAAAGUUGGUGAGCAUGUUGUUCCAUUGGCAAGGAAUUUCAAUGGCACAGAUAUAGAGUCUGGCAGCAAUAAUGCAGAUAGGAUUGCUGUUGAAAUGAAGGCAACAACCAGUUUAAUCAAUGAUGGCAUGAAAGGAACUCCUUCAAAAUCUUCAAAUGAAGAAGCUCGUAAAUAUGGAUCCCACAGAGAAGCCAUCGGCAAUAAAUAUGCUGCCUUGAGAGAACAAAGCAAACAAGGAUCAUCCAAUAUGAAGCCAGUGGAGAAGAAUAUUGCUUCCGCCAAGGUUUCCUUGCUUGAUAAUAGCAAACCUAACCCAAGUGACACUACAGAAGGCCCAUCUUCUGGCCUGGCUUCGAAGUGGGCAUCUAUGAAGUCUGGCUUUCAGAGUUUCAAGGCGAACUUAGGGGCCAAAAAGUUUCUUCCCUUGCGCCAAAGCCAGGAAAGUAAUCUCGUUUCUCGUGUAUCCUCUUCCGAGUCCCUCGAUGAAAUAUUUCAGAGAUUAAAAAGACCAUCUGUGGACCAUGUUAGUUAUGCUGAUAAAGAUGAUGAUGAAGACGAUAUGGAAAUAAAGAAUUCUGGCGAUAGAUAAUAUUUAUGAUUUGUUAAGGGAAAGGAACAUGUCACUGUUGUUGAAGUGGGGGACUAUAAAAGCCCAUAAAAUAUGUACAAAUCCUGUGUAGGGGCUGGUACCCUGUGCUCCAAGAGAUCCAGAUUCCGGAUACGUUUUAAGCCUUUGAAGGAUGUUGUGCAAUUCCGAAAUCAUAUACGUUUUAGCAGUAGCUGAUUGGAAGACGCAGAGACAAUAUGAUAGUUUAAUACAAAUAUGUUCAAUUUGUAAUAUAGGAAGGAAAACAGUUGUGAAUCAGCAGGGGAAUUUUGUAAUUUGAAUUAUACCAUGUUGGUUUUCUGCUUUCUCUGCCGGUCAUAUAAAGAGCUGUUACUUUCUUA